CUGACGUGGAUAGCGGCAGAAGUGAGCUUCAAAGUUCAGGGUAACUUAUUGCUGGUUUAAAAAAAAAUAUAUAUAUAUAUAUACUCGUUUCUCCUCGUUGCUGGAGGCUUCACUGGACAAGACACAAUGAGUCUGGACAAAGCGGAGUUGUGUGAUUCACUGUUCACCUGGCUGCAGACAUUUCAAGUACCUUCGUGCAACAGCAAGUAUGAGCUAACCAGUGGAGUGGCCAUUGCUCAUGUGCUGCACAGAAUAGACUCCUCUUGGUUUAAUGAGACGUGGCUGGGCAGGAUCAAGGAGGAGAGCGGGGCAAACUGGCGCCUCAAGGUUAGCAACCUGAAAAAGAUUCUUAAGAGCAUGCUGGAAUACUACCAUGAUGUACUUGGUCACCAGGUAUCAGAUGAGCACUUGCCAGAUGUGAAUCUGAUUGGAGAAAAGGGAGAUGUGACUGAAUUGGGCAAACUGGUACAGCUUGUCCUGGGCUGUGCCGUCAGCUGUGAGAAGAAGCAAGAGCAAAUCCAGCAAAUUAUGACCCUUGAAGAAUCUGUCCAGCAUGUUGUGAUGACAGCCAUUCAAGAGCUCUUGUCAAAGGAACCUUCUUCUGAACCAGGAAGUCCAGAGACCUAUGGGGACUUUGACUUUCAGUCCAGAAAGUAUUAUUUUCUAAGUGAGAUGGCAGAUGAGAAGGAGGACCUGAGCCAGCGCUGCAAAGACCUAGAGCAUCAGUUAUCGGUGGCCCUGGAGGAGAAGUUGGCCCUACAAGCAGAGGCAGGCUUCUUAAAGGAGAAACUCAGCUGCUGUGACUCUCUGGAUGCCUCCACGACAGCCAUCACUGGCAAGAAGCUUCUCCUGCUCCAGAGUCAAAUGGAACAACUUCAGGAGGAGAACUUCAGGCUGGAGACUAUCAGGGAUGACAUGCAUGUACGUGGUGAGAUAAUGGCGCGUGAAGUGGCCGACCUGCGCUUACGUAAUGAGGAGCUGACCAGCUUGGCGCAGGAGGCACAGGUUUUCAAGGAUGAGAUGGAUAUCCUCAGGCACUCUUCUAACCGGGUGAACCAGCUUGAAGCACUGGUGGAGACGUACAAGAGGAAGCUGGAAGAUCUCGGUGACCUACGCAGACAAGUGCGCCUCCUGGAGGAGCGCAACACCGUCUACAUGCAGCGCACGUGCGAACUGGAGGAGGAGCUGCGCCGAGCCAACGCAGUGCGCAGUCAGCUCGACACCUACAAGAGACAAACGCAUGAGCUCCACACUAAACACUCUGCAGAGGCCGUGAAAGCUGAGAAGUGGCAGUUUGAAUACAAGAACCUUCAAGACAAGUAUGAUGCCCUGAUGAAGGAGAAAGAACAUCUCAUUUCAGAGAGAGACACACUUCGGGAGACAAAUGAUGAGCUGAGGUGUGCACAAGUUCAUCAGAAAUGCCUCAGUGAAGCAGGAGGCUUGUGUGAAAACAGUAUGACCGUAGGAAACCUUGCUGCAGAGAUUAUGCCUACAGAGUUCAAGGAGACGGUGGUGCGUCUACAGAGUGAAAACAAGAUGCUGUGUGUCCAGGAGGAGAGCUACAUACAGAAGCUGGCUGAGCUUCAGGCUCAGCUUGAGGAGACUCAGCGCAGCAACAAUGUCCUGGAAACUCGGAACAGGUUGAAUGAACAGCAGAUCUCAGAGCUGCGUAUUCAGGUGGAGGAGCUCCAAAGAGCUCUGCACGAGCAGGACAGCAAGACUGAGGAUGCCAUCUCCUCAUUGUUGAAGCAAAAGCUAAAGGAGCACUUGGAGAAGCUCCAUGAAGCCCACACAGAUCUCCAAAGGAAAAAAGAGGUCAUUGAUGACCUGGAACCCAAAGUGGACAGCAACAUGGCGAAGAAGAUUGAUGAGCUUCAAGAGAUUCUGCGGAAAAAGGAUGAGGACAUGAAGCAGAUGGAGGAGUGUUAUAAGCGCUAUAUGGAGAAGGCCAGAACGGUGAUCAAAACCCUCGAUCCCAAGCAGCAGAUGGUGAGCCCUGACAUUCAGGCACUGAAGAACCAGCUGACUGAGAAAGAAAGAAAAAUCCAGCAUUUGGAACAUGACUAUGAGAAGAGUCGGGCUCGACAUGACCAGGAGGAGAAGCUCAUCAUCUCUGCGUGGUACAACAUGGGAAUGACUUUGCAUCAGAACCUAGCAGGUGAGAGGAUCAGUUCCAGCAGCCACGCCAUGUCGUUCCUCGCCCAACAGAGGCAGUCCACCAACGCCAGGAGAGGCCUGAUCCGGUACCAGCCCAAGUAAAGUUCCUCUCACACUGACAAGGACUUAAAGGCAACAGGACCCGCUCAUGUGGAGCCUGGAGACCACAUCAAUGACUCCCAAUAAACUUGGCCUUUGUGCUUACACUGAAUCUCUGCAUCUCAGACUAUGCUGCUACUGCCCCCUGCUGGUUCACACUGGUAUGAUAUUUAUAUUUUGCAAUCAGAGCCACAGAGCAGUGGGGUACAACUACUGUUUGGCCUUAGAGACAAAAAGGACUGUAUGAGGGUGUGUUUUUUGGGCCUGAAGAAAAGCCUCACUCACCUUUUAAGGUGACUUUUAUUUUCUUUUGCCUCUUGGUUGCACUCAUGCUUCUUGGGGUGUCAAAUGCUUUUAUAUACACUGUGUUGUAAAACAGGAUGUAGGUUUGAUCUUAAGUUAGUUAAAACAUUUUUAUUUAAUUUUUUGUAGUUGGUGGGAAAAGAAAUGUAGUUUUAACUCCUUACUCCCACGACACAAUCUUUAUUGAGCUGCAACAAUGAAGUUGCGUGUGUGCUUAUAACUGUGGUUUGCAAAGCUAACAUAGUAUACUGAACAAAGACUGAGAUUUUUAUUGGCUUAAAUAUGGAUUUAUGAGACCUCAGUGACAUUUUGUUUUCCUUUUUAAUUCACUGCAUGCCUCAGUUUGAAGAACUUUUUAGAAUGUAGUGUUUUUUUUUUUGUUUUUUUGAUAAUUCAGUGCACUUUGAGGACUGUUUGUUUUUAAGUGCCUCAUUAAGACACUAAACUCUCCUUUGGUGGAAGAGUCUGAUAUUGAGUCUCAGAACUUCUUGUCAGCUUCCUGUGUCCUGUUUUAGUUUCAUAUAACAGCAGAUUUGUUGGUCUGUUAAUCAGAAAUAUUCUGAAAUGAAUUGCCUAUGAUGGUGUUUUUUUUUUUAACUUCCCAAAAGUUGAAACAGGGUUUUGAUUGAGUACAACUCCUGUGCCCUCAACACUGUAGACUCAUGUCUGACUUGAAUGUAGACCUUUAAAAGAAAAAAAAAACACCCUAGACCCAGGAGAGUUUGGCAAAAAAAUCUAGAACACUAUUGGAGUCCCAAGUAACACUAAGAAUGACUCAUGGCUGUUUGCUGCUUGACCUCAAAUGGUUCUCUUUAAUCUAAAAGAAUUUUGUAUAGGCUGGAAUUGAUGUUAAAGUUGUUUACAAUAAUUUAGUCAGAGAGGUUAUACUACUUAACUGUAGUUAUAAGCUGCUACUGUUCAGGUUUUGUUUUUCAGCAGAUACUGCUGUUGUUACUUGUACUUUAUCCCUGUGAGUGUUUUGUGUUAUAAACUGAGGACCGAUUCUGCUGUUAACUUUUUGUACACAUUUGGUUUUUGAGUAGAUGUGGUGUGUGUGUUUUGUUUUUUUUGUUGUUGCUUUAAGUUGCUGUUUUUGCUGCACAUUUGCAUGGCUUGAGUGUGUUAACCUUCAGGUUAUCUUUGUGUAACAGAUUAUAGCACAUUGUACUUCACAAAGGGAUCUGAGACAAGUUAAUGAUUUGUAGCACUGUCUGUUCUACUUAUGCACUAAUAAAUGGAGCCUUAA